AUGUCUUUUGAAGUUAUCUUUGUAUCUAGUUUGAUAAAGAUUGCUGUAAUCAGUUUGCCCGGUGCGCGAUCGACGUUGCCAUGCAUCGGUGAAAACAGACACAAAAGCAUGGAUGAAUUUUUCGACGAGCAUGUGAGCAAAUUAGAUAUUAUAAGAGCAAAAAAGGCUGGAAAACAGUUUAUAAAAACUAUAUACGAAGACAAAAAUGAUUUCAACUGCGAAUACAUUGAUCCGUCUUCCGAAAAACCGAUGUCAGUUCGGAAAUUGAAACCCGGUGAUAUCAAUCUCGUAGCGGCAAUCGGAGACUCAUUAACCGCGGCUUCAGGCGCCCGGGCGUCAACAAUUCUUGGAAUCUCAAAUGCUUACAAAGGACUUACUUUCAACCAUUUCACAGUCCCAAAUGCUUUGAAAUUUUACAACCCAAAUCUCAAAGGGUUCUCGUAUGGAAUCGCAUCAGGAGAUGAUCUAAACACAGCUUUAAACAAGGCAGUUCCGGGGUCAAAAGCGGUCGAUCUAAUGCCUCAGGCUGAGCGUCUUUUGAACGACUUAAAGACUAACCCAGAGUAUGAUUUCGAAAAUGAUUGGAAACUUGUAACUGUUUUCGUAGGUGGGAAUAAUUUGUGUCAGCUGUGUACUGAUUCUAACAGCUCACCGGAAAUUUUCGCAGAGGACAUAAAGAAAACACUAGAUUUUCUUCAUGAAAAUUUGCCCAAAACUUUCGUAAAUUUGGUCACUAUAUUCGACGCCAAAUUUGUUACAGAAUUGGGCGAAGGGAACCCUCUUUGCAACGUGGCGCAUGUAUGUUUCUGUUCAUGUCUUCUCGAUAACCCGGAGAGUUCCUCAGAAGCCAGUCCAAAAUAUGCUCAGCUGGUCACUGAUUUGGCAAAAAGUGGACGCUAUAACACCCGAGAAGAUUUCGCAGUCGUGGUCCAGCCCUUUCUGGAAGACAUUGGACUGCCGUAUAAAAAGAAUGGCGAACCAGACUUGUCCUACUUUGCACCGGACUGUUUUCACUUCAGCCAAAGAGGUCACAACGCAGCUGGAAAAUCACUCUGGAACAACAUGUUUGAGAGGGAGAAGUCAAGACCGGAGUACUUUUCCUCAGAAAUGCCAAUAAAAUGUCCGACCAAAGACGCACCCUAUUUGGUUGUAGAUAAUAGUUAA